AUGAAAGUUGGAACUGUGAGGAGAGGUUUCAGAGAUGCGGAAAGCAUUGGAAUGAGAAGUGGACAAGCGCAUGACAAAAAGCUCCCAAAGAACGAGUUUGAUUGGAUGAACCAACAUGGUGAGAUGAGGCUUAGUGGUUAUGGGGUUUUAAAAUGGAUCUCUAGGGGUGAACAAUUCUCCACGGAUGCUGCUGAAGAUUCGGUGGGCAAACCAAAAGUUCGUGAAGAUGAAGAGCAAAGCAGAAGUGAGAAAAAGAGUCAUAAAGCAAUGCUGAAGCUUGGGAUGAAACAUGUCCCUGGUGUUAGCCGUGUCACUAUCAAAAAAGCAAAAAAGUUUAUCUUGUUUGUGAUAUCGAAGCCUGAUGUGUUCAAGCGUCCAGAAUCAGAUACAUAUGUGAUCUUUGGUGAAGCAAAGAUAGAGGAUUUGAGCUCGCAGCUUCAGACACAGGUAGCAAAGCAAUACGAGGCGCAUCAAAGCACUGCAGCUGCUGCUCAGGAUGAUGAAGAGGUUGACGAGGAAGGUGUGGAGCCAAAGGACAUUGAGCUUGUGAUGACUCAAGCGGGUAGGCCGCUAAUGGAGAUAUUGUCACUGCUAUAUCAUGGAGUUUACCACCUAAAUCUGAAACCUUUUUCUACUUUUGUUUUCCCUUUUAACGGAAUUUGCAUGUUGUAUCAUUAUACAUCACAAGUUUGGACUCAUUUUUCACUGCUCUGUCUCCAGCUUGCUACCAUAAGACUCUCGUCUUCUAGCACGUAUGCAAGAAUUUAA